UCUGCGCGCCGCUGCCGCGUUUGCAUUAGUUCACCGUUCGUUUUUUGCCGAAAUGUGAAACAAAGAUGGUGGAAAUAGUUCUUGACCGAAACGGGAAUCAGACUUUUGCGACAAUCUUGUGAUAAGCACUUUAUAAGUGAACAGUUUUUUGGAAAGUGCGUGUUAAACUUGGUUAGUAACUUCUACUGCAUUCAGUUUUAGUAUGAUUGCGGAAUGAAUCAUAGCUGGAAUUUAAUCAUCAGUCAUUAGCGUAUUACAAAAAUGCAGACAAGUUAAGCCAUGCAAUUAAAUGUAAACAGUUUCCCAUCGAAAAUACUGUGUAAGGGGUGAACAUUCCAAUGGCCCUUUGAAUAUGGCUGAAAAGUGAUAUCAUCUAAAAGAGAAAUGAAGAUUGACGAAUAUUCCUGGCAGAUGGAUAAAGUGAACUCGCCAAUUGUAGAAAUGGUGGAAAAAGCAAGUGAAAAAGUAGUCUCAUAAGAAGUAACUGUAAGGGCAGGUUUUGCCCGCUGUUUUCCUCCUAUGGCGGCAGUAAUAUUGGCAGUGGAAUUAAAUUAGUUCUAAGCUUACCGUGAGAACUCGCUGUCGUCAUUCAGGUGUUUCAUAUAUGAAAAGAAUUUCCCAAUUAGUCGUUGGGAAAGUGGUCUGUUUAUUUGGCAUUUCUGGGAUAGUGCUCAAUGCCUGCCUAUGCCGAUACUGCCAUACGGAUAUAAACCAUGGAAAACGAAUCAGUCAAGUCGGAACCGAACAGUAAAACGACGAGGCGAUCCAGGGGACAUAACGGUGGAAAUAACAGCAGUACUUUGGGAUCCCACAGAGAUCGAACCAGACAUUCACAUAGGAAUAAUCAUUCACGAAACAAACGACCAGAUAUGGCACCUUUUCAAACUAGUGUCAACAUUGGAGACGAUAGCCGUGAUGGACAGGAAGUGAUAGAGGUACAAAUUUUACCACAGGAUGAAACCUGGGGUGAGAAUACAACCGCUAUUACGGGUAACACAUCCGAACAGAGCAUAUCUAUGGAAGAUGUUAGCUAUUGGCAAAUGUCAGAUGACACAGGUAUCGGAUUCGCCUGUCAGCGGUAUCUGGAAAGAACCUUAUCAGUGCUGCUGUGUACUGUAGCAUUUGUGAGUCCACUUGUGAUGGCAAUUUUACCAAAGUUGGGAUUUUUCCCAUCCGCAUUCGACAAUCUAGAGCUGACUCAAAAUGAACGAUUGCAACUUUUGGCAUGUAACGCCGAAUGCAAAGGAAUGCUGGUGUCAUUGGCAGCAAGGAUGUUGCUGCUUGCGAUCGGUUUGUGGGCGGUUUUCGUGAGAAAACCUGUUUCCAUCAUGCCAAGGAUAUUUUUCUUCAGAGCAGCAGUAUUAUUAUUAGUACUGAUAUCAACGUUUGCCUACUGGUUGUUCUACAUUGUGCAAGUGACGGAAGGAACUAAGGCAAUAGUCUCUGGUUCAGCAGCGGUGGACUACAAAACUUUAGUUUCGUAUGCAACGAAUUUUACCGAUACACUACUUUUCGUGCAUUACGUGGCGGUAAUUCUGUUGGAAAUACGUCAUCUACAACCCAUCUAUCACAUUAAAGUGAUACGGAGUCCCGAUGGGGAAUCACAUAGCUAUAGUAUAGGACAACUCAGUGUUCAGCGUACCGCCGUCUGGGUGCUUCAGCGCUAUUACACCGAGUUUACCAUCUACAAUCCAUACUUAGAGCGAUUACCGGUAUCAAAAUCGCAACGCAAAGCUUUAUCUUCAUUCAAGUAUUAUGAAGUUGAUGGCGCAACCCCAGCUCAACAGCAAAAUCAGUCGAGGGCAGUAUUAGCUGCACACGCUCGCCGGCGUGAUUCUUCACAUAACGAACGAUUCUACGAAGAACAUGAAUAUGAUCGGCGGGUUAAAAAGCGAAGAGCUCGUCUAGUAACGGCUGCUGAAGAGGCAUUCACACAUAUCAAACGUCUUCAAAAUGAUCAACCUCAACCACAGGCACCAAUGAUUCCGCUGGAUCCACAGGAAGCAGCUCAAGCUAUCUUCCCUUCCAUGGCGCGUGCUUUACAAAAGUAUCUUCGCGUAACUCGCCAACAACCACGUCAUACGAUAGAAUCGAUACUGAAACAUCUUGCACACUGUUUGAAAAACGAUAUGUCUCCCCGAGCAUUUCUCGAACCAUAUCUGGUAGAAUCUCCCGUUCUCCAAAACGAUAAGGAACGCCGUACAAACCACAACUGGGCGCUGAUUUGCGAUGAACUGCUAUCGCGGCCGAUUUCGGACGGAAGUACGUUUCAGUUGAUCCAAAACGAUGUAUCGUUAACCGUUUCGAUCAACAAGAUACCUCAUUUCACGAUCAGCGAAGAGGUAAUCGAUCCCAAGUCGAACAAAUUCAUUCUGAAGCUGAACUCGGAAACCAGUGUGUGACCGUCUCGACGUAUGCGAGCAGACGCAGAGCCGCACCGUGACAAUCAUCGGCUAGAUCAAAGUGACCGCAGGGAGAUUCUAAUGCAGCUGAAUCUGAUUCUGGCCGGUAGAAGACGCAAUCGGAAGGUUCAGGAUCGUUUGGUUUAGAAGAAGAAAACACGGAAGAGAGUAAUUAUGGUUUAGUGCCUCAGAGGGUGGGAUUUUUUGUCAUUUUUUUAUACUUCCGAGCAAACGUGUUUAUGUGUGAUCAAGAGUGAGAUUGGACAAUGCUUUAUCGGCAGCUAAAGGCGCACACAAAGAAGACAUACAAAAAGUGAACAUGAAGGAAGUGUGUGCUUACAGGUGGUGUUCAAAGAGCAUUUGAUUCUGUGUGUAAUUAUCCCGAAAAACUGACCAUGGCGCAGUGCUUCUUUUAUACUGAGACGUGAGAUUUGUGCAGAGCACGUUUAGAAAUUCGUUGCUAUACGCCAGGUUUUUAAAUUAAUCGCAUCGUUAGCAUUCUACAUCGAUCGUGCUCGGUGGUAACAGCACUCAGACUAGUAGUUCAAAACAAGCAAAAAUAUCCCUACAAGAUGCCGAACAACAAAUUCCAGAACACAACAAUUAUUAAUUUAAAUAAAAUACGCUUUAUAUGGGAUUUGCAUAUCAUUAUGAAAUCACAUCAGAUACACUACAAGCGCUCAGAGGAGCUGAAGAUAUUCAACGAAAAGAAACAUCAUCAUAACUUUGUGGAACAAAGUCGAAAUCGUGAAACGUAAAGAUCAAUAUUUACUAAGUUGAAUGUUGUAAACUGAUAGAAGCUUGUGUUUAAACAAGUUAAAACUAAACAUAGAAAAUGUCUAUUUGAAUUGCCACAUUUUUUCAUCGUAUCACCGUACAGAACUACAAACUUGUACUAAUUUUUGGUUCAAUCAAAUAUUCGAAUAACGUACCACUUUCAUAUUUUUGGAUUAAAAUAAAAAUUAGGAGCCAGGGUCGUGUGACUUCGAUUUCAAUGGAAUUAAUUUUUCUGUAUUGCGACGUAAAUUGUUUCGUAGUAUUUUGUGUACAAUACUCCAUAGUCUUGCUCCAUCUCAUUUUGUGUAUAAUGUAUGGGGAAUUCUUUUUUAUACUUAACGGCAUGUUUCCAUAAAUUGUAUAAAUUUCAGUUUUCUGUGGCGACAUAUUUUAAACGAUAUUAGUAUCAGGCGAAAUUUAUUACAUUUAAAAUCAAUAGAUGCUGUACAAAAGUCCCAAUCGGGCAGAAAAUAUGGGAAGAGAACAAAUGUUUGUGCAUAGGGACACCUAACAUAAUGUAUGGUUUUUUAGUGUUUCGGAUUCCUCUCGUCAGUAACUAACACCAACUUAAUGCUACUUAGAUAGGUCUAAUCCAACACCAAAUUGACGAUGGUUAGACAUUAAAAUCCAAAUAGUCACAGGUCUUGCGUGAACGCUAAACAACUGGCUAGUACCGAGUGAUAUAUCGGUAGUAAGCACAGAGGUUCUGUUUGUCGAUGAGGAAUGUGAGCCGAAACUGUUAUUUUGCAUAAGAACCAAACGUCUAGUACUAAAAUUCUCAAACGCAAAAUUUUUUGAGAAAGACCAAAUAGUUGCUGUAUUACGUCGCUUUUAAAUAUUGAGUUUCAUUGAUUUCGAUACACACGAUCAUCACAAUAAGAAUACAAAUAAUAACUACAUGUUAGAUAUCUGUAAUUCCUUGAAUCCCAUUUAGCCAAUGCAUACUAGGGAAAAGCGGACAAAUGCAUCAAAAUUCAACAAAAUAGAAGCUCGCUGAAGUAAUAGAAAUGCAUCGUCUCGAGUAAUUUGAUAAGAUAAUUGAAAAGUCUGCCAAAAUUCAUUGUGAGCUAAAAUGUUGGACGUCUCGUUACUCGCAAUGCAGAGGCAGAUGAAAGAAAAAAAAAUGCUCUAUCAACAGUGCUCAGCAUAUAACCGUUCGUACAGAAUAUCCCCUCAAGAUGUUGCCGACAGUUGGUUUUUACGGUCCCACCACAAGUUAUUCGAUCAUUGAUUCUUUUUGGAAAAAUAAUUAGAAAUUAUUUCUAAUUCUAAUUCUAAAAUAUUAAAAAUAAACUUUCUUCUUGGGGUGGACAUAGCGUAAUUGGUAAAUCGAUUACCUAGUACGCAGCAUACCUUGGGUUUCAUUCCCAACCCCGCACAAAAGGUUAUAAAUUUUUCUGAAGAGAUUUUCUUAACCCGCAAAACCCGAGCUUAAAUCCUAUAUAAUGAGAAUGAUUCAAAAAAUACAAUUCCGAUAAAAAAUGUUUCAAGAAAUUUUGCCUUUUUUGACAUAAAAAGUUCAUAUGUCUAUUCAUUAGAUUGAUUCAUAAAUAUUUUUUGGUCUUAACUGUUUUUCACACUAAAGAGCCUCUUAAUUUCUGCUCUUUGAGGUGUGCAGCCAUGGAGUAGAAUGCACGUAUGGGAGCAACACACAUCGGAGCGAAGAGGUUUAUUGUGAAAGAGAAGAGCGGUGGGUCGCAUGAAAAGUGAAAAGAGCUUUUUUUAUUCUCUUUAUUUGCUCUGAGGUGCAUUACAUUUCUGCACUGAAGUUAAUUUUUAUGCCUAAAAUGGACUAAAUUACUUUAAAAAAAACUUCUAAUGAA